AUGGAAAAGAAAUGUAAUGAAUUUGUAACGGUGGCCCCUAUAUAAUAAUAUCAAUCAGCAAGCAGGAGAGUGUUUCACAACAGAGAAUCAAUCAACAACCCACAACAACAAUGGCAGUGACGCAAGGCAAAUGGGUCAAGUUGAACCAAAAAGGAGCUGGUCCUGGCGCAAGAAGUUCUCAUUCUAUCACAAUUGUUGGAGAAAAAGCUUACGCCUUUGGCGGUGAGUUCAAGCCCCGAGUCCCAGUGGACAACUCUCUCUACGUCUUCGACCUAAACGAGCUAACAUGGUCUGUAGCCGAAGUAACCGGUGACAUCCCACCUCCACGGGUCGGUGUUACCAUGGCUUCUAUCGGUCAAACAAUAUAUGUAUUUGGUGGUCGGGACGCAACACAUGCUGAGCUCAACGAGCUCUAUUCUUUCGACACCUGUACAAACAAGUGGACCCUACUAUCCACCGGAGACACCGGACCCGCUCACCGUAGCUACCACUCGGUAGCCACAGAUGACCGGCACAUGUAUGUAUUCGGCGGGUGCGGGGUUGAUGGUCGACUCAAUGACUUAUGGGCUUUUAAUGUUGUUGAUAAAACAUGGGCCAAGUUUCCUUUACCCGGAGAUAAUCUCAAAGGGAGAGGCGGGCCCGGGCUCGCAGCGGUUGGGGGUAAAAUCUGGGUGGUGUAUGGUUUCGCGGGUAUGGAGGUCGACGACGUCCAUUUUUUCAACCCGACUACCGAAAACUGGGUCCAGGUCGAGACAUUGGGUGAGAAACCGACACCUAGAAGUGUGUUUUCAAGCGUUGCGGUUGGGAAGUACAUAUUUGUGUGUGGUGGUGAAGUAGACCCUAGUGAUUUGGGGCAUUUAGGCGCGGGAAGGUUCACACACGAGGUAUAUGCGUUGGACACAGAGACGUUUGUGUGGAACCGGGUGGAGGAUGGUUCGGGUGGUGCGGAUCACCCUGGUCCACGAGGUUGGUGUGCGUUUUCUGGUGGGAGGCGUGAUGGCAAAGACGGGUUGUUGGUGUAUGGUGGCAAUUCACCGAGCAAUGUUCGGUUGGAUGACAUUUACUUUUUUACUCCUUGCUUGGAUUGAACAUUGUGAAAAAAUCAAACUUGAUGCUUGCUUGAAAUGGUUAUGUUUGAUAAUUAAUACGAGCAAGUGAUUGUGUAAAUAGGAAAUAAAAUGUGUUUUUUUUUUAACUAAUUUAGGACUUGUAAAUCACAAGUGAAAAUAAAGAUUCGAGACGGGGCUUGCACUGUUUGAUUUACAGUU